AUGGAUAGUGAGUACAAAGUUGGAGCAUUGUGCGAAUUGAUUGCAUCUUCUGGAAAUAAAAAGAAAACAAAAAAAGAUAAAAAGAAGAAAAAGAAUAUCGAAGGUCCACUCCAAUCAGAAACAAAUUUAAGUGAUUUGUCUAAAAAUGAAAAUGAAGAAAAAUCAAAGAAGAGAAAAUCAAAGAAAAAUUCUAAUGAACAAUCAAUAAAAAAAAUUAAAAACAAUUUGAAUCCUCAACAAAUUGAAGCUUUUGAUAUAAAACCAGAAAUAGUUAAUGGAAAAAUUGAAAAAACUAAUAGUACUUUAGAUAAAAAGAAGAAAAAGAAUAUCGAAGGUCCACUCCAAUCAGAAACAAAUUUAAGUGAUUUGUCCAAAAAUGGAAAUGUAGAAAAAUCAAAGAAGAGAAAAUCAAAGAAAAAUUCUAAUGAACAGUCAAUAAAAAAAAUUAAAAAUAAUUUGAAUCCUCAACAAAUUGAAGUUUUUGAUACAAAACCCGAAAAAGUUAAUGGAAAAAUUGAAAAAACUAAUGGUCAAGAAUCAUUAGUGUCAGUAAACAAUAAAACAAAUCAAAUUAACGAUGACUCAAAUUCAGGUCCUAUAAAAGAGAGUCAUACAUCUGAAACUUUUGAAAAAAAAAUUAAAAAAAAGAAAACCAAAAAACCAAAAGAUAAUUCAACAAAACCUAAUGAUAAAACUAAAAAAAUUGAAAAAAAAUCAUCUACGACUAACUCAACGGAUAUAAAAUCUUCUGAGGAUUAUGCUGAAAAAGAAUCAAGAACUGUGUUUGUUGGCAAUGUUCCAGUUAGUGUUAAAAUGUCAGCAAUAAAAAAAUUAUUCAAACAAUUUGGAGAAGUAGAAACUACUAGAUUAAGAAGUGUAGCUGUCAAAAAUCUUGAAGUGCCUAAACGUGUAUCUAUAAUGAAAGGAGAUUUUCAUCCACAAAGAGAUACUGCUAAUGUGUAUAUACGUUUCAAAACCAUCGAACAGGCACAAAAAGCAUUGGUUUUAAAUGCCACACAGUUUGAAGGACAUACAAUAAGAGUAGAUAUGGCUUUAAAUUCAAAUCAUAAGCAGAAUAUUAAAAAAGGAAUAUUUAUUGGAAAUCUUCCCUAUAGUAUUCAGGAAGAUGAAAUAUGGGACUAUUUUAAAGAUUGUGGAACAAUAUCAGCUGUGCGUAUUGUACGUGAUAAUGCAACAGGCGUGAGCAAAGGUUUUGGAUAUGUAGAUUUUGAAACUAAAGAAUCUGUUGAAUUAGCUAUGCAAAUAAAAGGGAAAAAGGUUCAAAAUAGAGAAAUUCGCAUUAAAAGAAUUGAAACCAAUAAAAAUACAAAAAAGGUGUUCGACAAAAGACCGUUACCAUUUAAAAGAACCAAACCUAUGGGUAAAAGUGGUCAAAACUUCCAAGGAGAAAUAAUGAAACCGAAAAUGAAUAAAAAGAAACAAAAACCAACAAAAACAGAUUUAAUGAGAAAGAAGAUUGCUAAAAAAUUAAAUUCUUAA